GCACAGAGAAGGGGAUCCUAAGGGACUGAACAAUUUAGGCCUACCUCUGUCGUAGAGUAAAAUAUCGACAUUAUAUUUUGCUGUUCUCGUUGUGCAAUAACCAUGUGGUCAUUUUGGAAGGAGAUAUCCAUCAGAGGUUAAGUCACCCGAAACGCCUUUUAUUAUGAAGAAAAAUAGCAACUGACUAACGAACGAGCAACAGCGAAGUCUGACAGUUGACUGGAAUCGAGUUUGCGGUUUGAUAUUACACCCCCCCCUCGAUACACGGUUCAGAUUAGUUUUAUAUUACUUGAAGUUGUAAACGACAUAGUAAUCGUUAAUAUUUUUGCGUUCAUGCAAGAAGAUAUGUGUGUGAAAGACAGCAGCCAUGAGUAGUGAGUGACCCGUGGGUUCCGUUGCUGUACGCCACGCUUGCUUUGCAUGAACCUGAAGUUGUCAAAAAAGCGAAGCUACAGAAUUCAAGGACUGUGUAGCACUUUUACAAGCUGCGCUUUCGGUGUUCUUUCAAUGCACGGGAAUAUAUCAUGUAUUUAGUAACUAGAUACAUCCAUAGUGAGUGUUACCGGAAGCGUAAUUCAAUUGAGAGUUGAUAGCUUUCAAAUCGCAUCAAACUUUGUGGCCUCCUGCCCAUUCAGCUAACGGUACCGUUAGCCAGCAGCUAGCUAACGUUUACUCCCCCUUUUCCUCUGCGACGCUAGAGACGCUGCGGAUUGUAUCAAAAACACUUGAAACGAAGACUCAAUGCGAUGCCAUUUAUUGCAAAGUGAGACUUUAACCUUUUGUUUAGCCACAAUGAUUCUCACGGUUGCGUUUGUUUGUGGCGAUUUUGAAUAUCCCUCGGACCUGUGCAGUUAACUAGCUGAAGCUAACCAGUGAGUUAGCUCGCUAACUAGCUAAGUUAGCUAGUAGUGAACACGUUGGACCCUCCGCCCAUUUUUCCGGGAUGAGCGUUUUUAUAUAUUUUUUGUUUACCUGUGGUUUAACUAACAAACCAAAACGACAGCUACACCUUGCCAGCUAAUUUUAAUCGAGUUGACUCGGAUUCUUCCCCGGACAGUUACUGUCUACUGUGUUUUUUUGUCGGUCGGAUAUUGACUAGAGUUGAGUCAAUAUGUGUCCGCGGACUUUCCUUGUGUUUUUGGUGACUGCUGUCUACGUAUGGAAUUGUCAGCAAACGAAUGGAGAAAGUACAGAAAUCUCCAAUGGGAUCUGCUCCAGUAAGGACAUCCGGAACAACGUGACCAACCUGCGCUCCCUGGAGAACUGCACGGUCAUCGAGGGCCACCUGAAAAUCAUCCUCAUGUUCAAGACCAAGCCCGAGGACUUCAGGGGUGUCAGUUACCCAAAACUGACCGUGGUCACAGACUUUCUGCUCCUGUUCAGGGUCUACGGUAUGGAGAGUCUCAAAGACCUCUUCCCCAACCUCACCGUGAUCCGAGGUAACAACCUGUUCUUCAACUACGCUCUGGUCUUCUUUGAAAUGCUGCAGCUCCGGGAUAUCGGUCUCCAUAGCCUGAUGAACAUCACCCGAGGAGCGGUGAGGAUCGAGAAGAACCCGGACCUCUGCUACCUCUCCACCCUGGACUGGUCCAAGAUCCUGGACACGGUGGAGGACAACUAUAUUGUGUCAAAUAAGAAUGACAGGGAGUGCGGGGACGUGUGUCCCGGGGCGCUGGCCAAGGGGAAGGCUACCUGUCAACAGACCACCAUCAAUGGGAACUUCAACGAACGUUGCUGGACGCACAAGCACUGCCAGAGAAUGUGUCCCACCAGCUGUAAGCACCGGGCCUGCACCAGAGACAACCAAUGUUGCCAUGAACAGUGUCUGGGAGGCUGCUCUGAGCCCCACAACAGCAGCAGCUGUGUUGCCUGCAAGAACCUCCAGCACCAGGAGGCCUGUGUGGACCGCUGUCCGCAGGGAUACUACACCUACAGGGGCUGGCGCUGCGUCCCCUUCUCCUUCUGCCAGGACCUCCACAACAAGUGUCAGCAGAGCAAGAACAGCGACUGUCACCAGUUCGUCAUCCACAAUGGAGCCUGUAUACCAGAGUGCCCCUCCGGGUAUACUACUGUAAACUCCUCCACGUUGGUCUGUACUCCGUGUGCUGGGCUAUGUCCUAAGGUGUGUAUGGGCCUGAAAAUGGUGGACUCUGUGACAGCAGCCCAGGCUCUGAGAGGAUGCACCGUUCUCAACGGCAGCAUGGAUAUCAACCUUAGAGGAGGAAAUAACAUAGCAGCAGAGCUGGAGGCUAACCUUGGACAGCUGGAGGAGAUUACAGGCUUCCUGAAGGUCCGGCGCUCCUACGCUCUCGUCUCGCUCUCUUUCCUCCGCAACCUACGGGUCAUCAGAGGGGACACACUGAUGGACGGGGGCUACUCGUUCUACGCACAUGACAACCAGAACCUGCGUCAGCUGUGGGACUGGACCCAACACAACCUGAGCAUCCUGCAGGGACGCAUGUUCUUUCAACUCAAUGCUAAGCUCUGCAUGUCAGAGAUACGCAAGAUGGAGGAGGUGACGGGCACCAGGGACAGGCAUACCAAGAACAACAUCGUAUCGAAGACCAACGGAGACCAGGCCUCCUGUGAGAACCAGGAGUUAAGGUUCACUCAGGUGCGUGCUACACAUGAUAAGAUCAUAAUCAAGUGGGAACCGUUUUGGCCUCCCGACUUCAGAGACCUGCUGGGCUUCAUGGUCUUCUACAAGGAAGCGCCUUACCCCAACGUGACAGAGUUUGAUGGCCAGGAUGCGUGUGGUUCCAACUGGGUGAUCAUUGACCUGGACCCCCCAGCCCGGGCAACAGAGGGAAACGCACAACAGGAGCCAGGUACCUUGAUCUUGGCUUUGAAGCCCUGGACGCAGUAUGCCAUCAUGGUCAAGACCCAGCUCUCUGCCUCUGAUGAACAUCAGGUCCUCGGGGCCAAGAGCAAGAUCACCUACGUCAGGACAGACGCCACCAAGCCCUCAGUGCCCCUGGAUCCCAUCUCCUCCUCCAACUCGUCCUCUCAGAUCCUCCUGAAGUGGAAACCUCCCACGGAUCCCAACGGGAACAUCACUCACUACCUGGUGUACUGUCAGCAGCAGCCCGAGGCCAGCGAACUCUACAAGUUCGAUUACUGUCAGAAAGGUAUGAAGCUGCCGUCGCGGGUGCCCACCCAGGUCGACAGUGACGAAGAGGCUAAGUGGAACCAGACUGAGGAUGAGGGUCAGGGUGGCCGCUGUUGUGCCUGUCCCAAAACAGAGAAACAACUGAAGAAGGAGGCUGAGGACUCAGAGUACCGCAAGACCUUUGAGAACUACAUCCACAAUGAGGUCUUCCUGCUCAAAUCAACCAGACAGCGCCGCUCAGCCAUGGGUGUAGCUAAUGAGACGCAGCCUGCGUUCGUGACAAAGCCCCCCACCCUGCCGGAAGGUUACUCCACCAGCGGCCCAGGCGAUGAUGAGGAUGGUGCGGAAAGCACUAAGAUCCAGCUGACUGUGUUCUCCAAGGAGUCCACGGUCAUCUCCGGCCUCCGACACUUCACCUCGUACCAGAUCGAUGUGUUGGCCUGCAACCACCCCACAAACCCCUCACGCUGCAGUAUGGCAGCCUUCGUCUCAGCUCGCACCAUGCCCGAGGACAAAGCAGAUGACAUCGUGGGCCCCAUCAGCUAUGAUGUGUCUGAGUACUCUGUUCAAAUCAAAUGGCUGGAGCCUAAAGCUCCCAAUGGAAUGAUCAUCCUGUACGAAGUCAACUACAAGAGACUGGGAGACACAGAGGAGUUGCACCACUGUGUGUCCAGGAAGAUGUACCAGCAGUCGGAGGGCUGCAGGCUGAGAGUGGUGCACCCUGGGAACUACACUGUGAGGAUCCGAGCCACGUCGCUGGCAGGAAACGGCUCCUGGACCGACCCCACACACUUCUACGUACAGGACCUCCGGGUGGACCCAUCCAACCUAUUGAUUAUCAUUGGUCCAGUCAUCUUCAUAGUUCUACUGAUACUGGUGGCAGCGGGAGGAUUCGUCAUGUUCAGGAAGAAGCAAACCCAGGGCCCCUCUGGACCCCUCUACACUUCUUCGAACCCAGAGUACCUCAGUGCUGCUGACAUGUACGAGCCAGAUGACUGGGAGGUGGGCAGAGAUAAGAUUAACAUCCUACGAGAGCUGGGUCAGGGCUCGUUCGGCAUGGUCUACGAGGGCAUCGCCAAGGACAUCGUGAAGGGAGAGCCAGAGACGCAUGUGGCAGUGAAGACGGUCAACGAGUCGGCCAGUCUGAGAGAGAGGAUAGAGUUCCUCAACGAGGCCUCCGUCAUGAAGGGCUUCACCUGCCACCAUGUGGUGCGUCUGAUGGGUGUGGUCUCUAAGGGCCAGCCCACUCUAGUUGUCAUGGAGCUGAUGACCCAUGGCGACCUGAAGAGCUACCUGCGCUGCCUCCGCCCCGACUCUGAGAAUAACCCUACUGGGAGCCCGCCCCCCACGUUGAGGGAGAUGGUCCAGAUGACAGCAGAGAUAGCAGACGGCAUGGCCUACCUCAACGCCAAGAAGUUUGUCCACAGAGACCUGGCCGCUAGGAACUGCAUGGUGGCGCAGGACUUCACUGUCAAGAUAGGAGACUUUGGUAUGACCAGAGACAUCUAUGAGACGGACUACUACCGUAAGGGAGGGAAGGGUCUGCUUCCUGUCCGCUGGAUGGCUCCUGAGUCUCUAAAGGAUGGAGUGUUCACCGCACACUCUGACUGCUGGUCAUUUGGGGUGGUGUUGUGGGAGAUCAGUACCCUAGCAGAGCAGCCGUACCAGGGCCUGUCUAACGAGCAGGUCCUGAAGUUCGUCAUGGAUGGAGGAUAUCUGGACCGACCAGACAACUGUGCUGACCGGCUACACAAUCUGAUGUCGAUGUGCUGGCAGUACAACCCCAAGCUGCGUCCCAGCUUCCAGGAGAUCAUUGAGAUGCUCCACAAGGACCUUCACCAGUCCUUCCAGGAGGUCUCCUUCUUCUAUAGCCAGGAGAACAAGCCUCCGGAGCAGGAGGACUUUGACCUAGACAUGGACAACAUGGAGAGCAUUCCCCUAGACCCAUCCUCUUACUCCCAGAGAGGGGACCACAGUUCCUCUUACUCCCAGAGAGGGGACCACAGUUCCUCUUACUCCCAGAGAGGGGACCACAGUUCAUCUUACUCCCAGAGAGGGGACCACAGUUCCUCCUACUCCCAGAGAGGGGACCACAGCUCUGAGCGGGACGAGGCGGGUUCGUCACUGGGGUUGAGACAAAACAACUACGAGGAACACAUCCCGUACACACACAUGAACGGGGGAAAGACUAACGGACAACAGACACUAGCACUCCCUCGGUCUAGUCCCUCCUAACAGAACAUUAAAUGGGGGUAAGGGUCUAGUCCAGGGGUUUGCAACUCCAGUCCUCUGGGGCCUGAUUGGUGUCAUACUUUUUCUCCAUCCUAUCAAACACAGCUGAUUAAUCAAAUUGCGUUCUAAACUGAAGAUCAUGAUUCGUUGAUUAUUGGAGUCAGGUGUGUUAGGUGUCAAAGUUUUGCCCCAGCUAUCAGGCCCACGAGGACUGGAAUUGCCCACCCUCAGUCUAGUCCCUCCUAACAGAAUAUUAUAUGGGGUAAGGGUCUAAUCCCUCCGAACAGAACAUUAUAUGGGGUAAGGGUCUAAUCCCUCCUAACAGAACAUUAUAUGGGGUAAGGGUCUAGUCCCUCCUAACAGAACAUUUAAAUGGGGUAAGGGUCUAGUCCCUCCUAACAGAACAUGAUAUUGGGGUACGGGUCUAGUCCCCCUAACAGAACAUUUAAAUGGGGUAAGGGUGUAAUCCCUCCUAACAGAACAUUAUAUGGGGUAAGGGUCUAAUCCCUCCUAACAGAACAUUAUAUUGGGUAAGGGUCUAAUCCCUCCUAACAGAACAUUAUAUGCGGUAAGGGUCUAGUCCUUCCUAACAGAACAUUAUAUUGGGGUACGGGUCUAGUCCCCCUAACAGAACAUUUAAAUGGGGUAAGGGUCUAGUCCCUCCUAACAGAACAUUUAAAUGGGGUAAGGGUCCAGUCCCUCCUAACAGAACAUUUAAAUGGGGUAAGGGUCUAGUCCUUCCUAACAAAACAUUAUAUUGGGUAAGGGUCUAGUCCCUCCUAACAGAACAUUAUAUUGGGGUAAGGGUCUAGUCCCUCCUAACAGAACAUUUAAAUGGGGUAAGGGUCUAGUCCCACCUAACAGAACAUUAUAUUGGGUAAAGGUCUAGUCCCUCUUAACAGAACAUUAUCCCCAUGUCUUUCUCUCUUGUUUUGUAUAGAUGAUCACUUUUUUCACUUGUUCAGAGGCCUCCUGGAAGUACACAUCUCAAAGACAUUAUUGCUCUCUGUUGUCAAGAUGCCACCCUCAUUACACUACAGUAUGUAGCCAUGUUGUCCAAUGUCAACCAGGAGAGAACAUACAACCAACCACACGUACACUUUUUGUAUUCAAGAAAGACGAACCUCCCUCUCUACUGCUUCUCUCUUGUCCUCAAUCUUUUUUUUCUUUUUUUAAUAUUGCCAAGUUUCCACGAAUGUGUGGCGGAGGUAGAAAUCUACUGUGAAAAUAAUUAAACUUUGGGUCAACCUGAAGGCUGCUAACCCCAGGACUCUCCAGACUGUCCCUUCCGCAAGCUGAGGCUCUCUCCCUGGGCAGCUUAGCCCUCGCUGGGUCCCUAGGUCUCCCUGGGCCAUGGAGGUCCCCCAUGGUGUCGCUCAGUGUAAAAGUGCCCUUUUAUCUCUGUCUGUAACCUGCAUCUAAUGUCACAGAGCUGUGUGUCUGUCUGUGACCUGCAUCUAAUGUCAUGGAGCUGUGUGUCUGUCUGUGAUCAGCAUCUAAUGUCAUGGAGCUGUGUGUCUGUCUGUGACCUGCAUUGAAUGUCACAGAGCUGUGUGUCUGUCUGUGACCUGCAUCUAAUGUCAUGGAGCUGUGUCUGUCUGUGAUCAGCAUCUAAUGUCAUGGAGCUGUGUCUCUGUCUGCGACCUGCAUUGAAUGUCAUGGAGCUGUGUGUCUGUCUGUGACUUGCAUUGAAUGUCAUGGAGCUGUGUCUGUCUGUGACCUGCAUUGAAUGUCAUGGAGCUGUGUGUCUGUCUGUGGCCUGCAUUGAAUGUCAUGGAGCUGUGUGUCUGUCUGUGACCUGCAUUGAAUGUCAUGGAGCUGUGUGUCUGUCUGUGGCCUGCAUUGAAUGUCAUGGAGCUGUGUGUCUGUCUGUGACCUGCAUUGAAUGUCAUGGAGCUGUGUGUCUGUCUGUGACCUGCAUUGAAUGUCAUGGAGCUGUGUGUCUGUCUCUUUGUGCUCUCAAGUUGUCAAGGAACGACAGACUUUCUGAGACUUGAGAACUAGCUAACUUUUGGAUUGAUGAAUGUGUCAAAUCCAUUUUCGAAUCUUCGAACAAACUUUAUCGAUCCACUGGAGAAGCUUGUUGUCAUCUCUCCUCACACUCUGCAGUAUUACAAACAUCACAUAAAGAAUGAACAUAUUUCUUUGGUUAUAUUUUUUUAAUUUAUUUAGGUUUCAUUUUCUCAUUUUGAGUUUUCACAUUUACAGCUGAAGGAUAUUUAAAAAUCUGAGGGGGGGAAACAUUUUUACAAAAAAAAAAAAGAGUUCCUCAGAUGACCAAUAGAUGCUUCUUUUGGUAUAUUUUAGUGGGUAUAGAAAAUAUAAAUAUAUAUAUAUAUAUAAAUAUAUUAUUGAUGGUUUUUUUCUACAUAGUUGUUGACAUUGUGUUUCAUGAGGUAUUUCCGGUCUGUUUACAUGUUUGUCUUUUAUGUUUAUUGUUUCUAAUCCAGAAAUCAUACUAAUAAUCAGUUGGACUUGUGAUCGACCAGCAGCACUUGGUCUUUCCUCUCCGUAUCAGAUGCACAGUAGGAGGAGGAGCUUGGCCCGUUGAUAUCAAACUGUCUGCUCUAGAUAAAUAAAGCAGUGUGGUGCAACAUGACAA